UAUAUAUCAACCACUCCUUUCACACCUCUCUAUAAAUACCCUCAUCAACAUAAACCCCCAAACCACACCAAAUUUUGUAAGAAAACUAUUUCCCAUAUAAUAUGGCAGCGUCAGGAGACGAAGUGAAACUCUUAGGGGCGUGGGCGAGUACAUACGUGAUUAGAGCGAAAAUUGCUUUACAGCUCAAGGGGGUGAGCUACGAGUAUCUGGAGCAACAACUUUGGGAAAAUCAGAGUGAGCUCCUGCUCAAAUCAAACCCCGUGUACAAGAAGGUGCCAGUUCUGAUCCACAACGAUCGGCCCAUUUGCGAGUCCGCGAUCAUCGUCCAAUACAUCGACGAUGUGUGGGCCGGAACUGGGCCCUCGAUCCUUCCCUCAGAUCCAUAUGAACGUGCCAUCGCGCGCUUUUGGGCCCGCUAUAUUGACGACACGGUACUGGCUUCUGCUACAAUAAAGAUUAUAAAAGUAAAGACCGAAAAAGAGAAAGCGGAAACUAUAGAGCAAUCAUUCGCAGGACUUAGUUUGCUAGAAGAGGCUUAUGAGAAAAGCUUCAAAGGGAAACCCUUCUUCGGCGGAGACAAUAUUGGCUAUCUCGACAUCGCUUUCGGGAGCUUUCUGUGCUGGGUGAAGGCGAUAGAGAAGAUAUCGGAUGUUAAACUCAUCGACGAGGCGAAGUUCCCUCUCUUAGCGAAAUGGGCAGAGCGCUUCGGCUCCGUCGCGGCCGUGAAGGAGCACAUUCCAGAAACUGACAAGUUGGUAGAGUGUUAUUCAAAGGUGCUCAAAGCUUUAUGGAACGCUAGAGCCCCCAACAACUAAUUUAGUAUUCAAAUGCUAUAGCAAGAAAGUUUGUCGCAAAUAAAAGAAGGCGUCUUUAAUAAAAUGAAUAAACGAGUUUAAU